AUGUCACGGCUGGCGCUCGGUGACAAUAACGCACGUGACGACCUGCAGCGCCGGAUGCGCGUUUUCUGCGGCUGCGGCCAGAUCCCAGCGGCUGGCGCACGUCUGGAGCAUCAUGCGCGCUGCUGCAUUAUAUCGCAUGUGGCGGCUUCUACUGGUGCGCGCCCUCCCCUUGCCAUUUCGGACGACCUGGCGCUCCUGCAGCGCCUCGCGCAUGACGCCAUUGCCCACGACUGCAACGACGGCCGCACCUGUGGCGAGCUGCAGCACCUGUGGCGCACGGCAGCACCUGUGACGCACGGCAGCACCUGUGACGCACGACUUUCUUCUUCCUGCCAAGGUGAGAAUGCUUA